AUGUUCAUUCCAAAUGUUCCUGUCAUAGCAACUCAUUUAGGUAAAUGGGUUCGCAUUAGUCCACAUAAUUUGAAAGACAUGCAAUUCAGACUUGUUGACUUUCAAGGAGAGCCUGUAGAACUGAAGGCACCAGUGCGAAUGACUGUUGAAGUUGACUUUUUAGAAAAUAUUAAAUGCAACAGCUUACAAGAGAACUCAGAGCUAAAAAUAUAA